UACGUCGAAAAAAAAAAAUCUCGAGUUGCGUUGAACUGUAACCAGAGCCUUAAAUCACGCCGUAAGGAGAAAAGUGGUGAGGGGAGGAAAAGAGGGGAGGGGGCGGUGGGAGGAGCCUGACGUUGACUUUGGAUCCAUUCAGGCUUCCCUGCAGCAGCAGCAGCAGCAGCAGCGUUGAACUUGCAGACACACGGAGGGUCAGCCAGGCCGGACAUCACCGCCGUGUCCGUCACCGCUCUCCUCGGUCCUGGGGCUGAAAUGUUCACCACACGUGACCUGCUCUCGGAUCAUCUGCGGACUCCUGCUCCUCCUGGAGGACAAGAAGAGGAGUGUUGGAGGAGGAGGUGGUGAGUGAGAGAGUGAGAGAGCGACGGAGAUUAUCGACGGCGCCCUGAACGCACCACUGCUGCGUUUAAAAAAAACAAAAACCAAACAACAAAUCACAGCCAAAACCCAAGCAGAGAUCCGUGAAGUUGAGUCGAGGCUGCGGUCGGAGGGAGGAUGGUCGCUGACGUCUGAUCGCUGCUGCUGCUCCACUGGCUGCAGGCUGACGGCGCCAACGCUGCAUUGUGGCAACUGAGACGCCGAUUCUCCUUCCCUGAGGACUGCACGAGCCUGCCUCCCUCCCGCGCUCCAAAAUGUCAUCUCAGGCGAGAGUGAAGAAGGACAAAGAGAUUAUUGCCGAAUAUGAGACUCAAGUCAAAGAGAUCCGUAACCAGCUGGUGGAGCAGUUCCGUUGUCUGGAGCAGCAGUCCGACUCCCGCCUCCAGCUGCUGCAGGACUUGCAGGAGUUCUUUCGCCGUAAAGCGGAGCUCCAGCUGGAGUACUCCAGAGGCCUGGACAAACUGGCCGAGCGCUACUCCGCCAAGAUCCGCAGCUCCAGAGAACACCAGCACUUCAAAAAGGACCAGAACCUCCUGUCCACCGUCAACUGCUGGUAUCUGGUCCUGGAGCAGACCAGACGGGAGAGCAGAGACCACGCCACUCUCAGUGACAUCUACAACAACAACGUCAUUGUCCGUCUGGCCCACGUGGGCGAGGAUGUCAUCAGACUUUUCAAAAAGAGCAAAGACAUCGGAGUUCAAAUGCACGAAGAGUUGGUGAAAGUCACCAACGAGCUCUACACCGUGAUGAAAACCUACCACAUGUACCACAGCGAGAGUCUCAGCGCCGAGAACAAACUGAAGGAGGCGGAAAAACAGGAGGAAAAGCACAUCGGCAAGACCAACGACAUCAGCGCCGGCCUGCUGCGGUACGGUCACGACGAACGCUCACAACGGCGGAGCUCCGUCAAGAAAAUGGAGAAGAUGAAGGAGAAGAGACAGGCCAAGUACUCGGAGAACAAGCUGAAGUGCACCAAGGCCCGCAACGAUUAUCUCCUCAAUCUGGCAGCGACCAACGCCCUGGUGGCCAAGUACUACAUCCACGAUGUCUCAGAUAUGAUAGACUGUUGCGACCUGGGAUUUCAUGCCAGCCUGGCUCGCACCAUGAGAACCUACCUGUCUGCUGAGUACAGCCUGGAGACUUCCCGUCAUGAGGGUCUGGACCUCCUAGAGGGCGCCGUAGAUGCGAUGGACAUCAGAGGGGACAAGCUGAAGUUUAUGGACACGCACAGUCAGAUCUUCUGUCCUCCGGCACGCUUCGACUACCAGCCUCACAUGGGCGACGAGGUGUGUCAGGUGAGCGCUCAGCAGCCGGUUCAGACAGAACUGCUGAUGCGCUACCAGCAGCUGCAGUCUCGCCUGGCCACGCUGAAGAUAGAAAACGAGGAGGUGAGGAAGACCCUCGACGCCACCAUGCAGACCCUGCAGGACAUGUUGACCGUGGAGGACUUCGACGUCUCCGAGGCCUUCCAGCACAGCCAGUCCACAGAGUCGGUCAAGUCGGCCUCCUCCGACUCCUACAUGAGCAAGGCCAACAUCACCAAGAGACGAGCCAAUCAGCAGGAGACGGAGGGUUUCUACUUCUCAAAAUACAAGGAGUUCUUGAACGGCAGCAACCUGAUCGUGAAGCUUCAGGCCAAGCACGACCUCCUGAAGCAGACGUUGGGAGAAGGAGAGAGGGCUGAAUAUGGAACAACCAGGCCCCCCACUCUUCCCCCUAAACCCCAGAGAAUGCGGAAGUCUAGACCUCGCUCCAUUUUUACCCAUAAGCUGUUUAACGGCAAUUUGGAGGCGUUCAUUCAGGACUCGGGUCAGGCCAUACCAGUGGUGGUGGAGAGCUGCGUCCGAUACAUCAAUCUGUACGGUCUGCAGCAGCAGGGUAUAUUUCGAGUUCCAGGCUCCCAGGUCGAAGUCAAUGAUAUUAAAAAUGCAUUUGAACGAGGAGAGGAUCCGUUGGUGGAUGAUCAGGCUGAUCAUGACAUCAACUCUGUGGCCGGCGUUCUGAAGCUCUACUUCAGGGGCCUGGAGAAUUCACUGUUCCCUAAAGAGCGUUUCCUUGACUUCAUAUCGACCACCAAACUUGACAUGGGAGCAGAACGAGCUCAUCACCUUCAUCAGAUCAUCGUGACUCUGCAGCGACCCGUGGUCAUCGUCAUGAGAUACUUGUUCGCCUUCCUUAACCAUCUGUCACAGUACAGCGAUGAGAACAUGAUGGACCCCUACAACCUGGCCAUUUGCUUUGGCCCCACACUGAUGCCCAUCCCAGAUAACCAGGACCCCGUGUCCUGUCAGGCCCACGUGAACGAGGUCAUCAAGACCGUCAUCAUCCACCACGAGGUCAUCUUCCCAACACAGCGAGAGCUGCAGGGACCUGUGUAUGAGAAGUGCAUGACCGGUGGAGAAGAGUACUGUGAAAGCCCCCACAGUGAACCUGGAGCUCUGGAUGAGGUCGACAACGGUACUGGUCCAAACACCAGUGAUGAAGAGGUGGAACAGAUCGAGGCCAUAGCCAAAUUUGACUACGUGGGCCGCAGCGCCCGAGAGCUGUCGUUCAAGAAGGGAGCCUCCCUGCUGCUGUACCUGCGGGCCUCUGAAGACUGGUGGGAGGGUCGGCACAACGGGGUGGACGGUCUGAUUCCACAUCAGUACAUUGUGGUGCAGGACAUGGAUGACGCCUUCUCAGACAGCGUCCCCAGGACGGACAGUGAGGCCAGCAGCGGUUCCCACCGUGAGGACAGAACUUCAGUUCGGAAUGACGGUCAGUCACUGAGUGAUCACGCAGCGGAGCACCGUUACGGAGCGGCACUGGGAAGGGUGAGAGUGCGAUCAGACGGAGCGGCAGUGCCUCGCCACAGGAACAUCGACACUCACAGCCCCCCCAGGGCUGCAGAUCAGCCCCCCAGGGUCAUGCCGCGGCCCUGCAGCCCACACAAAUUGCUUGUCAGCAAAGGCAUCACAGACAGUCCGGAGAAACGACGUCUCACUACCUUUGGCAGCGCGGGCUCCAUCAACCACCCCGACAGGAAGGCCUUCGUCGACGCCCACUCUCAGCGGUCGUCGCCCAGCUCCACGCGACAUGCAAGUUUAGGCGACCACAAGGCUCUGGAGGCCGAAGCUCUGGCAGAGGACAUCGAGAAAACGAUGAACACGGCGCUCCAUGAGCUGCGGGAGCUGGAGAGACAGAAUGUAGCCAAACAUGCUCCUGAUGUGGUUCUGGACACUCUGGAGCCUCUGAAACACCCCGCCGCAGCCCAGGACCCCCUGAGCAGCCCGCUGCACACCAUGGUGAUCCGGGACCCUGACGCUGCCCAGCGGCGCAGCAGCAGCUCCUCCUCCUCCGAGACUUUAACCACUUUUAAACCUGCUCUUUCAGCACGCAGACCCAGCGCUCCACUGCGGCCGCCGCCGGUCAGGCCCGUGCGACCGGCUCCGGUGAUCGGGCCAGGACACGGACCGCAUCGCUCCAGCAGCUCCAGUUCCUCCGGCCUGGGUAGUCCAGGUAUUACCCCCACUGAACGGGUCUUCCCUAAAGCUCCUUCCCCGUCUCCCUCCACCUCCUCCUCCUCCUCAGACAAACAAGGUAACAUGUAACUCCCCUCUGUCACAAGUCAGGUGUCGGUGAAACGGUCGUUUAAUUCCUUAAAAAUAAACAUAAAUAAACUAGAACUUUACCACUAACCUGGUUUGUGUCCUGGGAAGGAAACCACUGGUUCAUGGCCACGGUUUAACUUUACUAGUGAACAAAACAAUAUACUAUAGUUAACUAUUACCAGAAUAACAUGUUACACAGAGAUGAGGGUUCAAACACUACAGGAGACUGAUUUUUAUUUAAAAAAAAUGCUGGAAUGAAAACAAAGGGAUGCACUGGAAUAAAACAAAUCUUUGUUUAUUUUUCAUCUGACGCUGAAACGUCAGAUUUAUGAAGUGUUUUUGAGUUUGGAAAUGUUUCAAAGAAACGUUUUAUGAAACCCUGCCAGCGUCAAACUCACGGUGGUUUUCAUAUUUAAAAAAAAAAAGUAUUUGUCUCUCCACGUACUACCUGUAUGAGCAAGAUAAAAUACAAAUACAGCAGCAGCACAAGCAUGUGUACAAGGGAGGGAGUUUAUGGCUACCGUAUUUUCAGGACUAUAAGUCGCAUCAGUGCCCUCUAGCGGCUGUCAGUGUGAAAAUAACAAACGUUAAAUUAUAUAUUUUAAUAUAUAUGUAGCACCUGAGUAUUAGUCGCAAACCCAGCCAAAGGAUGAAAAAAAAAGUGUGACUUAUAGUCCGGAAAAUACGGUAAUUAAAUUUCUAUCUGCCACAAGUUGCACUGGACAAUGAGGUGUCACUAAAACUGGCACUUAAAUUACCUUCAUAUUAUUCAGUGGCGACCACUACAGAGAGGACAUGGACCACCAGUGGUACAGCUACCAUAGUUUGAGAACCACUAUUCUAUUGUAAUAAAAAAUGACAACUACCUAGAGUCUGCAGAACAGACAGGCAUUUUUACUUGGUGUGUGUGCCAGUGUUAGGAAUACAUGCAAUUCUCAAUAAAGGCCACUAGGGGCAGUACAGAAGAUAUACAUACAUUCCUGUAAAAAAAAAAACUAAGAGUUUGACAUUAUAUAUAUAUAUACAUAUAUGAUAUGAGGUUUAUGUAAAUUGUCCAUUCAUAUUUUUACAAACAUUCCACAGCAGUAAUAGACAACGUCGUACAAAUAUCUGAAUACAUUGAUAUCAAACAGAAAUGUAGCUAAUCUUCACAAAGAGGUGAUUUAAAAACAAAACAAAAAAAAAGUUAGCGUCUGUUAGCCUGGGUUCACCUGUAGGUUGGUAGCAGUAGAAAAAAAGAA